UUCACCUCUCUAUAAAGAAGGAGAAAAGAUGGACAAAACAUGUGGAUGCAGGCAAAUACCUGUACAUACCUUUACACACACAGAUGCAUCACCUUAUCAGCAAACCCAAUUUGUCCCAGCAGCAGCUGCAGGACACCAACCAGCAACAAGCAGCUCUUUAAAUGAACUGUGACAAGGUGUUGUUCUUUCCCCCCUCCCUCCGUCCUCUGUCUUCCGGGAACACUAAUAGGCUCCAUGCAGGGUAAUGUGACCAAUUGAAUCAUCCUCGCCCCGGAGCUGGAAGCUGCAGAUCGGAGGAGCAGAGAGCGCCGCGCUCAGUCUGCCUCCCACACCAAAGAAAGCUCUCGGGGUAACACGAUCACUUUCUGAUUGGGAUUCCUCUGGGAUUUUACACCCUGUCCUCCAAGGAACUAGUGGAACUAAUCCCAUCUGCCUUGGCCCCUUUGCUCACUUGGCAGACCUCAGACCAGCUCUUAGGUGAAAAGGUCAGAGGGCCCCUGUUUAGCCCUCACUGCAGCUCUAGGAUCAUCUUGACCUACUGUGCUUGAGAUCCACCUGCAACCAUGACAUCCAAAUCCAAUAGCAGUGUUCUGGGUGGCAAGGCUUCCUCCUCUCCUCUCUUGUCCUCUCCAACCCGCCAACGCCUGGUCACCAAAGAUGGACACUGUGCCCUGCGUCCACCUAUGUGCUCUUCAGGCUCGUGGCGCGCGGCCUUGGGCAGAGCCUGGUUGCUGGCCCUGCAGGACCUGUGGGGAUUACUGGUGGGUCUGCGCUGGAGGUGGGUCCUGCUUGCCUUCUGCGCCUCCUUCCUGGCCCACUGGCUGCUGUUUGCCUGCAUGUGGUACUUGCUGGCCCACCUCAAUGGAGACCUGGCUGUGCAGGAUCACGACGCCCCCCCACUGGGACAUGUGGUUUGUGUGAAGCACAUAACCAGCUUCACUGCUGCCUUUUCCUUCUCCCUGGAGACACAGCUGACCAUCGGCUACGGCACCAUGUUCCCCAGUGGGGACUGUCCGAGUGCCAUAGCACUGCUGGCUGUGCAGAUGCUGCUGGGGCUCAUGCUGGAAGCAUUCAUCACAGGUGCAUUUGUAGCCAAGAUUGCACGUCCCCAGAAGCGAGCGGGAGCCAUCCAGUUCAGCCCCCAGGCGGUGGUGGGCCAACACCAGGGCCAGAAGUGUCUCAUUCUACGAGCCACCAACCUGCUGCAGCGACCCCUGAUGGACGUAAAAGUGAGUGCCGUGCUCUACGAGGAGCAUGAAGGUCAGGCCCUGCACCAGACCUCUCUGGACUUCCACUUGGAUCAUCUAGGCCAGCAGCCCUGUCCCUUCUUCAUCUUCCCACUCACCUUUUACCACCCCCUAGACCGCCAGAGCCCCCUCUACCCCUCCCUGUGUGAGGGCACAUCCAACCACUUUGAGUUGGUGGUCUUCCUGUCGGCCUUGCAGGAGGGAACUGGCGACUCCUGCCAGAAGAGGACCUCCUACCUGCGCCAAGAAAUGCAGUUUGACCGUUGCUUUGUCCCCGCCUUGGGGCUGGAUGCUCGGGGGAGAUACAUGGUGAGCACCCAGCACUUUGACACGGCCCACUCAAAGGACUGUGUGGUGCAGAUCAACGGUGAUGGCAGCAACGACAGGAUGGAGUAAGAAUGCUGGGGGUACAUGAUUUAAUUUGGUAAAUCUGAAUUUAUGUCUCAACAUUUGAAAUUAAAAUGUAUAUCAGACAUGGGUGCUGCUUCGGACUGCCUCAGUUUCUCCCUCCAAUCACUUGGAGUCCCUCGUGCAACAACCAGGGUGUUAUCCCCCACUGGUUUCCCAACCAUCAAUAUAUCCAGUUGUGUUGGUUGGAACGCCUGGCUUACGGAACUGAGUGUGAACAAAUAUUGUUUAUUACAAGUUGGGUUUUAUUUUUGUCGCUCUGGUCAUUGGUCAUGAUAUCAUACUCAGAACGUGGUUACAUCACUAAAAAUAUGUCCAGCAGGGCAAGAAACACAAGCAGUAAGAUGAUCAGAGAGGUUGGGAACAAUGCUAUCAUACCGGAUAGAACUGAUGGUCAGAAAUAGAAAAGUAAAACCCAAGAUCUAAUAAACUGCAGUCUUUUAAAUUUAAUCAAAAUUGAUUUGCAUGUCUUUAUUCUUACUGUUCAUGUAAGGAUUUGUAACUGGAUCGAGGAUCGAGGAUGAUCAAGCUAUAUUUGUGGUGGCACAAUCAAUUUCAAAUUCCGUUCCAGUAAUCAAUGUUUUAUUAUUAACACUGAAUCAAAUGUUUAACGUGAAAUUUAGCUUUCAUAGAGAUAGACCCACAGAGAUUUAUCACCAACUCUUUUUAGUGAGACUGUAGUGUCUUUCAGCUUAUUGUUUUGGUUUUACAACACACUUGGUGUUUAGUUUAAUCUCUCAUCAAACUGGUUUCCAGCAGCAGCAAGCAGCUGUUUUUUGGCACAAAAAAAGCUGUAAAAUCCCACAGUUCACUACCUGCUCAGCAGCAAACAGCAGACGGACACACGAGGACUAGACUAGCUGGUGAACAUUAAAGAGCCAGAUAUUUCCCUCAGGAGUUGGAAGAGACCAAAAACAGUUAAGUCAAUUUUAUUUAUACAGCCCAAUUCCACAAAUCACAAAUUUGCCUCAGGGCUUUACAGUCUGUAUGACACCCUCUGUCCAUAGACCGUUGCUUUGAAUACGAUAAAAUCUAAAUCUAAAAAAACUUUUUAAUGGGGAUAAAAUGUUAGAAACCUCAGGGAGAGCUACUGAGGGGGGAUCCCUCUCCCAGGACAGACAGACGUGCAAUAGAUGUCGCAUAUACAGAAUAAACAACAACAAAAAAAUUACAGUAUGGACAAUCAAGAACAUGAUACAUAGAAUGUAUAUCACUAUAUGAAGAAAAUUAAUCCAGGAGGCUGUCAAGCAGCUUCCAGGUAUCACCAAAUAGAGCCUGAGCAACACAGCCUCCUCUCCACCAUGGAACCUGGACAGAGGACAGACUACACAAACACACAAGAAGCAAAACUAAAACACAUCAUUCACACACUAGAGAAAGGGAGAGAGAGAGAGAGAGAGAGAGAAAGAUACACUGAAUGAAUUCACACCAGAGCAGCAGUGAAGUCGGCCUGCCAUGCAAUGUCUGUGAAAAGCUGCGGCAGCCGCUCCGAGCUCAGCGAAGUGCAGCCAAACUAAAUGUUGGGGGUCUUUUAUCUUUUAGUAGGGAACUGCAGACAGAGAGCACCUGCAGCCAAUCAGGACACAGAUCCUCGGAUUCCUCUGACAUGUUGACCUACCUUACAAAGAAUUUCUUCCUGCCUGAAACACAUGAACACGCCACUCGGUGGCAGAAAAGUGUAAUUAUUGCGGCGAAUUGCACCUCGCCGCUGCCUGGUGUGAAGCCAGCUUUAGAGACUUAGAGAGACGAGGAGAGGCUGAAUCUCCUGGAGGACGGAGAUCCAGAUCCAACAUGUGAAAUGAAGUACGAGAGCCAGGACAGAGCCAGGUCCCAGGAUGGCCGAAGGUCCAGCACAGAGAAGAGACAGAGAGGCACACAGCUGUGCUUGUGGGACACAAACCAACAGAGGGUUAUUGAGAAGCAAAGGCUGUCUGAAAGUUAAUAUUAUUCUCGUCGGCAGUACAAACGGGACUAUAACACUAGGCUUCAGUUAUACAUUGAGGCUGAGACUGACCCUUCACCUGGAUAAUGAAGAAUAAGCAACUAAUGGAAAGUUAUGGCAAAAACAUGAGUUUUGAAUUUGGAUUUAAACAACCCUUAUUUUGUGUUGAUUUGGUUUUGUCCCUGUGGACAAAAGCGGUAGUGUUUCCGAGCACCAGAGUCCCUUUAGAAAACCUCUAAUUUUACUGCAGCAGGGUCCGACAGUCUGCCCCCGCUCAGUCCUGGUUCUGGUUCUCCUGUGCCUCCCGUCCCUCCAGCGGGCCCAGUAAUACAGCCUGGUCCUUCAGCAGUGUGGUGUCGGUGUCGGCUCCCAGCGGGGACCGGCGGAGCAGCAGGUGAUGCUCCGCUCCUGGCCAGAGGAGGAGCCGCUGCUAUUGGCCGCGGAGCUCUCCACCUCCCGCCAGAGCUCCGUCGAGCAGAUUGAAGGCGGCAGCGAAGCCUGAUCUGGAUCUGUCCAUGGUGGGCCAGUCGCUGCCGGAGGCCCAGCUGGAGUCAGCUGAAGAUGUUUCUGGUGUGAUUUCAUUGAUUUAGAGCAGAAUCAGACCCGGAGGUACUGAUGACAAGCAUUAAGAAUAACUAAAUAUAGAAACAGCCAAUCUCCUCGCUGAUGGUCUUUUUUUACUUCUGUAGGUCAUAUAGAGGUAACAGGAUUAAACUGAGACUGUUUCUUAACCAGUUAUAUUUAAAAGUUCCUCACAGUAACUUGAAGCUCAGUGAGAGUGAAUAUUGGACUUCCAUUCAUCAGUUGGACACAAGGUCGACUCCACAUGAAUGAUAAUGUUGCUCUGAAUUAUAAAUAACAUGCUAAUAUGUGACAGCUUGCUUUUCUGCCUCAAAGUGCCGGCGAAAAAACCCCCGCUAAAUAUAGCUUCAAGAAAAAUGUGAUGUCAUCUCAAAGCCCCCUUGUGUAUUUGAACAUUUCUGACAUUGUUGACAAUAAUAUGAAUGAUGCUAUGAUGAUGAUCACAUCAGGCGGUCUUAGGAAAACAAACAUGGAUUUAUCUAGAACUGAUUGAAUUUGAUUUGAAUGAGCAUGAUUUGCAUGCUCUUCUCAGUCCCUGUGUGUCUCAGAAAGCUGUAUCUGACUUUGAAGAAUGAAUCUGAAAUGCUUUAUGCCAUCACAGUUUUAACUUGAAAUGUGUCUACCUGAAUUUAUGGAAAUUUAGUUUGAUCAAUCACAAACAAUUAUUUUUCCAAACUUCACAAACAAGUUAAGAAUAUGGAUUCAAUUCAAAGUUAACCAUGUAGUGUGUACAUGCUGGCACAGAUAUCAUCCCACAGGCUAACAGGUAGUGUGGCAUGUAGGACAAGCUAUGACAGGUGCAAUGAUGAAUGGAAACCAGACAGAUGGAGUUCUAACUUCCAAUCAUUAUGCCGCAUUUCAAUGCUCCCUGAGGCGACAUGGCGGUGCACUGGUUAACAUGAAUGUUCUGGGUUUGACCCUGGCGGACUGGCUGGGGUCUUUCUGUAUGGAGUUUACAUGUCGUCCCUGUGCCUGCAUGAGUCUCCUCAAGAGUGCUCCUGUUUCCUCCCACAGUCCAAAGACAUGCAGGUUAGGUUCAUUGUUGACUCUAAAUGUCCCGUAGGUAUGAAUGUGAGUGUGAAUGGUUGUCUGUCUCUAUGUGUCCGCCCUGGGAUAGUCUGGCGACCUGUCCAGAGGUACCUGACCACCCCCACCAACACUGAGUCUAUAGAUAUACUUGUGGUCCCGUCUGCACAGUGAUGUUUUGGGCUAACAUCAGCAUGCUAACAUGCUCACAAUGACAAUGGCUGAAUCCAAAUGUCCACCAUGUGGACUUACUGACUGAGCUCUCUUGGACACUUCUGUCUUACCUUCUGUCAUCAUGUUGAGUCUGCAUGGGCUCUGGCUCAUCAGGUGAUAACAUGUGCUGUAAAAUGGAGAGAGGUGAAAGGAUAAAAGAGGGUAAAGGUUGACAUGGACAGAUUAUCUGAACAUUUGAAGUUCAGACAUUUGGGUUCAGCCAAUGCUACCAUGGUCACCAUAUUAGUUAGUAGUCAGCAGAGGUUGAUGGGAAUAUCAUUAGUUUUGCAGGUAUUUGGUCAUAAACCAAAGUACUGGACAAAGAGAAAUGUUGUUCUCCUGAUGGAGCGAGAGGAAAAGUCAGCAGGAUUUAUCCUCUGGGGAACAUGAAUGUCUGUACAAGAUUUCACAGAAAUCCAUCCAAUAGUUGUUGAGAUAUUUCAAACCCACCGACCAACAGACGGACAUUUACUGAACAAUUAAAACCCUAUAGCGUUCCAUCAGAAAUGUAAAGUAUAUGUGAUUUGUAGUGAAUGUUUUAAACACUGUUAUGGUCUUUAAACCUGUUUUGGAUUUCAUGGCAUUUGAUAAUUUAAUUGGUGUAGUUCAACAAUACAUUACACAGGUGGAUUAUAUUUUUUUAUGACACUGGAGUGAAUAUUUUCCACUUAAGAGAACUAUUUUAGUCACAGAAGGUCAUUUUAGGUUGACAGGCAUCAGCGCCAGCCCUGUAAAACUAAACAUGGCAUUAGUAGGUAAGGCAGGUAAGCUAUAUUGAAAGUGUUGAAAGAGCAGGUACCAAUAAGGAAGGGAUACAAGGCAAUGACUCCUCUGUCAUCCCUUCAAAGGGGCAUCCUCUACUGAUGUUUGUGGACCAGCAACAGAAGGUUUACACUGUAGACAUCAACAUGAGCUGACAAUCACAACAUUGGUUGUAAUUCCUCUGUCAAUGUUAAGCUGCAAAGGCUAUUCAUUGGAAGUCUUUUGGAACAAAGACAUCCAUAAAGUGAGCUAUCUAACAUUAGACUGACAUAUGGCUCAGUAGUGACUGAUAGAAUGAUACUGACAGCUCAUUGAUUUGUAGAUUAAUGCCUUUAGAAAUCAUUGCCUAAAUCAUUAUGCAAAGCCAAAAUCAAUGUAUUAUGUUCAUUUUGUACUAUAAUAAAUGUCUUGAUUUAGGAAAGAAAUGUAGGUCAGGAAGCAGCCUGAGUGUUGUAGUAAAUGUGUGUGUUUGUAUUUGGGGUAUUUUCCCUUUAAAGGCUGUUGAUAUGAAGAGAAUCACUAUGUUAUCUAUAUGGUUUAAAGAAAUCAUUAAGACAUAAGAGAGGAAAUGUUCCACAAAUGUGAUUGUGAAGGAUGAGAUCUCAGUGUAUCUCACAUGCUUCAUUGCCUUUGUACAGUGUACAUUCCAUGAAAUAAAUAUUUUCUAAACAA